AUGGGUACCCUUCUCAUCAACAAAAUCCAGGAGUACCCAGACAGGAUCAUGAAAAUGUUCACUGUGGUGCCCUCACCCAAGGUGUCAGAUAUGGUGGUGGGGCCCUAUAAUGCCACCCUCUCCAUCCACCAGCUCAUAGGAAACGCAAACAAGACCUGCUGCAUCGAUAAUGAAGGUGACAUCUGCUUCAGAACCCUAAUGGUGCUAUGCCCCCACGGUGACCUGAACCAUCUGGUGUCUGCCACCAUGAGCGUAGUAACUACCUACCUGUGUUUCCCAGGCCAGCUCAAUCCUGAUCUGCAGAAGCUGGCCGUAAAUAUGGUCCCAUUCCCACAAUGGCACAUUUUCAUGCCCAGCUUUGCCCCGCUGACCAGCCAGGUAAGCCAGCAGUCCCGGCCCCUGACAGUGCCUGAGUUCAUCCUGCAGAUGUUGGAUGCCAAGAACAUGAGAGCCUGUGACCCCCUCCAUGGCCGCUACCUGAUGAUGGCCACCAUGUUCAGGGGCUGCACGUGCAUGAAGAAGGUGGAUGCAAUGCUUAAUGUCCAAAACUAGAACAGCAGCUACUUUGUUGAGUGGACCCCCAACAAUGAGAAAAUGGCUGUCUCUGACUUCCCACCCCAAGGGCUAAAAACAUCUGCCACCUUCAUUGGCGACAGCAGGACCAUCCAGGAGCUGUGCUAGUGCAUCUUGGAGCAGUUCACAGCCAUGUUUCUGCACAAGACCUUCCUGCACUGCUACAUGGGUGAGGGCCUGGGUGAGAUGGAGUUCACCAAGACCAAGAGCAACAUGAAUGACCUGGUGUUCAAAUACCAACAGUACUAGAACGCCACGAUUGAGGAGGGUGAAUUCGAGGAGGAGGUGGCCUAG